CCUUCAACACCACUGAAGACACUGAAGACCUGCGACCUCAAUAUUACACCCACGAUGCACUCUCCGAUCUCUGCGAUGCUGCUGCUCGGGCUGUUCUGCCUGUCUGUGACGUCACUGCCCACGAGCUACUCUGUGGGUAGCCCGUACUCCUUGGUGUACCCUGACUACCCGCUCACGUACCACACCGGCUUCGCCCAACCGUACCAGACCACCUACCAGACCGGCUACCAACCUGGCUAUCAGCCGUCCAGUUACCACCAGUCCGGUUACCAGGCCAGCUACCCAGCUGGCUACCAGGCCGUAGUCGUUGGACUCGGUUCCCCCACGAGACACGUGCAGUUCCUGCCCACCACGGUGACGGGCACACGCCCCGUGCUUGUUCCGCUGGUGCCUGUGGUGCAGCAGCCGCACAGGCAGCCCCUGCGACCAGGUGAGAGACACGACAGGCCGCUGGUGGUCCACCAGACACAGGUCAUCCGUCCAGAGGAGGGAUUCGGGAACCGUCACCGUGGCCCAGUGCGUAACGAACCGGAAGAAGUCAUUGACGUCAUCGUGGACCGGAAACCCGUGACCGCUGAGUAGACGGUGCUGCUCCUUGCGCUAAAACAGUGAACGACUUCGGUA